AUGUCGUCGACACAGACACAAAUACGAAGCCAUGCAGGGCACUCCCAUGGACACGGACACGGGCAUGGUCACAGUCAUGAUAACACAUAUCUCACAUCCAGCAACAGGAACGAUGCAGGCGUCAAGAUCACGAGGAUCGGGCUGUUUGUCAACUUGGGUAUGGCAAUAGGAAAGGGAGUCGGAGGCUAUGUCUUUCAUUCGCAGGCACUGAUUGCCGACGGCUUCCACGCCUUGACCGAUCUGGUGUCCGACUUCAUGACCUUGGCCACAAUAUCCUGGUCACUGAAACCUGCCACCGAUCGAUUUCCCAGUGGCUUUGGCAAGAUUGAAGGCUUGGGUGCCCUUGGUGUGAGCGGUUUACUUCUAUUUGGUGGUCUCGGUAUUGGUCUUAAUGGCUUGGAUGCUCUAUACACUCAAUUCUUCCUCGAGACAGCUGCUCACGCCCACGAGCAUGCGGAACAUUCACAUGGGUUGUUCUCCUUCCUUGGACAUAACCAUAGCCAUGGGGGCCAUACCAUUCCCAAUCUCAAUGCUGCUUGGCUGGCUGCAGGGUCUAUUGUUGUCAAGGAAUGGCUCUACAGGGCUACUAUGAAGAUCGCCCGCGAACGUAAAUCAUCCGUUUUAGCCUCGAACGCAGUACACCACAGAAUCGACUCUCUGACCAGCAUUGUCGCACUCGCGACGAUCGGUGGUGCACACGUUUUCUCGGAUGCUUCAUGGCUCGACCCUGUUGGUGGUUUGAUCAUCUCUGCUAUGGUUAUUCGCGCAGGAUGGGGUAAUACCAAAACAGCCCUUCUGGAGCUCGCAGAUGUCACGGUGGAUGACGAAGUCAAGCUUUCCGUGAAGAAGGCAGCCACCAAAGCUCUACAUGGAGAUAUAAAAAAGGGCAUUGAAGCGGUCCAGCUAGGUCAUGAAGUGGAACUCAGAGACGUUCAAGGGAUCAAAUCGGGUCAGAACUAUCUGAUUGACAUCGAAUUGGCCGUCCCCAAGACUUUUACCCUGGAGCAAACCGACAUCAUUGAGAAUGCCGUCCGUGGGAGAAUAGGGUCUAAGGUUCGUGGCGUUCGAAGAGUUCGUGUCAAGUUUGUCCCCAUCGAAGAUACAACAUCUACACUUGCCAGCGAUUUUAUCACCACGGAUGUAAGUCCCAGAAGCAGUCCUGAGCCUGAAGUUGAGGAUGAGAACGGAAACGGAAACGGACAUAGUCAUGGUCAUGAUCAUGAUCAUGGCCACGCUCACAGCAAUGGGCAUGCGCAUCAUGCAAACGGAAAUACGACUCGCUCAGCUCAAUCCAAGAAGGAGAAAUGA